CUAGCAGAGCCGGGAGAGAGCCUGGAGCGCUUGUGCUGUCACCAGAGCUGAGGAGAGACUGCUUGUUGUGAGGAAGCAGAGGCUCACUGCAGCCCCUCUCGAACUGGUUUAACAGGCUCAGGUUUCAGACUUGCCCAUUGGAGAGCUGAAGAAGCAGCAGCAGCAGCAUGGAUGUCUACACUGUGACUCUUGAGGGACCGGCUCCCUGGGGAUUCAGACUGCAAGGAGGGAAGGAUUUCAGCAUGCCACUCACAGUCUCGCGGCUCACCCCCGGCGGGAAGGCCGUGCAGGCUAACGUUGGCGUGGGAGACUGGGUGGUGUCCAUCGACGGUGCCAAUACAGAGAGCAUGACCCAUGUGGAGGCACAGAACAAGAUCCGAGCAUGCACUGGCAACCUGACACUCUCCCUGAGCAGAGCUGUCAUUUCACCUGGGUCUAAUCAGAAGGACUCGCUUGCCGCUGGUUUGCCUCAGCCCAAGUAUUCGUUUGCUCCCAGCAUGUCUCUUAAUAAGAUGGCCCGUCCCUUUGGUGCCGGGGAACGCUCUGGCAACUCGAAAUCCGGGCCGGUCACCAAACCAGUGUCUUAUGUCCCCGCGGCGGUGAAAUUGAACCCCAGCUCCCAGGGUCCUGUCAGUGUGCUGCAGCAACACAAUGGGCACUCCCUGCGGAUGGACCAGGUGCAGUGCAAUUUGUCCAACGACUCUAGCAAAAAGAGGCUGAUGGAGGAUACACAGGACUGGCAGCCACGCACUGGCACCACCCAGUCCCGGUCCUUCCGAAUGCUUGCCCAGCUCACAGGCACAGAGUUCAUGCAGGAUCCUGAUGAUGAGAACCUAAAAAGGUCCCGCCACGAAGUGAAUCAGCCUGCUGCCAAGACGGCAACCACUGCGGCAGCUGUUGAUAAACCCCAUGGCGGUCUGGCCAGAGCUCCCGCUCCUUCCUCAACCCCCUCAUAUCGCCCUCCUUGGAUAACGGACCCAGGCUUCGCUGACCGCUACCGUCCCGACAAGACCAGCACAGUGCUGACCCAGCACAGCCAGCCCGCCCAGCCCACGCCAGUGCAGAACCGCAGCUCCAUCAUGCAGGCAGCACAGCAGGCUCCCGAAGGCAGUGGAAGGACCCCGGUGUGUGGGCAGUGCAACAAGAUCAUCAGGGGCCGAUACCUGGUGGCACUGGGCAAAUCCUGGCACCCUGAGGAGUUCACGUGCUGCCAGUGCAAGGUGGUGCUGGAGGAGGGAGGCUUCUUCGAGGAGAGAGGCUCCAUCUACUGCACCAAGUGCUACGACAGCCGCUACGCACCCAACUGUGCCAAGUGCAAGAAGACGAUUGCUGGAGAGAUCAUGCACGCCCUGAAGAUGACCUGGCACGUGCAGUGCUUUGUAUGCGCUGCCUGCAAGGCCCCGAUCAGGAACAAAGCCUUCUACAUGGAGGAGGGGGAGCCCUACUGUGAGACAGACUACGACAAGAUGUUUGGCACUAAAUGCAGUGGCUGUGACUUCAAGAUCGACGCUGGAGACCGUUUCCUGGAGGCUCUGGGCACGAGCUGGCAUGACACCUGCUUUGUCUGCGCUAUCUGCCAGAUUAACUUGGAAGGGAAGACCUUUUAUUCCAAGAAGGACAAGCCCUUGUGCAAGACCCACGCGUUUUCACAUGUCUGAUUUGAGACAGACACACACACCCGCAUAUAUAAGUACACACACACACACACACAUGCGCAUUCAUACAUACAUACACCCACACUCAAGCAGAACACGGCACAGGAGAAAACGACUCCACUCCAAACAAAGCUACACUAAACACCCUUUUCCUGCUCCCUCCCAAGCCCCGAGACUCAUGCUGGGCUCCAAGUGGUAGCCAAAAAAACAAUUCCUGUUGAAGGCUGUGUAGGCAGCUGUUACCAAUGGAUGUUCUCACGAGGAAGGCUGUCUUUUCAGCAGUUUAUAAAAGCAAGCUAGUUGAGAUCCAGAUUUCCAGCUCCACGCAUGCUGCAAAUCAAUAUCUGUUCUUUUUCAAGUGUUUAUUCUGGUGUUCACACACGUGUCUAGGGAGGUUGAGUUCAAGGGCGAGGCUACCCCCCACAGACCCAGAGUGCUUGAUUAGCUUCAACCCUUUGAGAACGAGCAUGCUUGGAUUGUACAGCGGCUGCAUUUCUGUGAAUGGGGGGUGGAAAAUAUCUGUUACUACCAUUACUGCUGCUGUACUAGUCCUUUUCUUUUCAGCUGUUACAGGGCCUUGCUGUCAUAGAAACAAAGCUCUGAGUGAACCAGGUCUCGACCGGUUUAAACAGGAUUACAUGACAAAAGGUCCCGCAUCAGUUCAUUGCAUCAGAAUCACCAGGGUUGUGAAAAAGGGAUUAAAAAAAAAAAGAAACCUAUUACAAAGAGUAUUUUAAAAUGACUAGAACUAUUUUUGCUUUUUUUUUUUUUUUAAUAUUUAAUGUACUGUAAUGGUGUUCAUAGAUAUCAGCAAUGCAGUUGUGUGUGAAAGAUUCUCCGAUGGUGUAUCGUACUGCAUACACUGCUCCAAAACUGACCAUUCUAAUAUGUAGUCUCAUGAGAUCUCUUUAGUAGUGCAGAGCUUUGUAGAUGAAGGGGCAGUGCUUUCUCAGACCUGAUUGACAGGAACCACUCUGUUGGUGUGGGAGAGAACAGUUUAGUUGCCAUGUCUGUCUUUUGUCUUCAGGACGGACUUCACUUCCGUUGCAACGGCUAGUUUCACAGGCCCAGGUGAGCUUUAGUCUUGAACUUCCUUACCUUUUAAUGUGUUUCUGUAUCUGCCUGUGAAGGUUCAUAAGUCACUGCCCCAGAUACACAGAUAGUGGUAUAAAAUGGGAUUUGGAAAACAAAGGAUGCCACUUCAGAGACAUCUGAAAAGCGUGCCAUAGUACUGUGAGCACAUACCCAGCUUUCCUAACAAAUCAUGUGCCACCACUACUUUCACACACCGCUGUGUAUGCAAUAACAAUAUUAUGUUGAAGUGCCAGUCGAAUCUCUUAUUUGGAUCACUAGCCAUGAUCACAUGCUCUCAGAGCUGUGCAAAGGGCAAGUAGGCAUUUCUAAUGAAGUGUUUAAAUGAAAAGGAGUAUUUUGUAUUUAUCCCUGGUCUUGUCUAGGCCAGGGACCUCGAGCUCUGCUUGCUGGUGUGGAAGUGAGGAGCCGGUGAUUUUGCUGCAUAGUGGAACGUGGGUCAGAGUGGAAUUCUGAAACUUUGUGUUUACAACUAAGCAUUCUUGUUUAUACCAGGUUCAGGGAGGAAAGGUGCUUAGCUUUUGACAGGGUUGCAUGUUUGUAUAGAAGAGAAUUCCUGCCUGCGUCACAAAGCUGUGCGCCAAAGAAAUGGGACGGUCUUACUGUUUCGAUUCUCGUGCCCACAGAAAAGCUACCAUUUACAGUUGUAUACUUGUGUGUUUUCGUUUAGAUUUUUCUUAUAAAAAUAUUAAUCUAUCUUAUGUUUGUGCCUUUUUACGCUUUUAUACUGUAUACAUAUGCAUUUUCUUAAAAAAAUAAAACAAAGUUCCAACCUGCUGUAUACAUACAAUUCCAUUAACGGCCUUAAUGUUACAAUACAAGUUUGGAUAGUGUUACAUUUAAUAUGCUAGUCAAUAAAAUUCACAAAGCACAUUAUCCUACAUGUGUCUCUUAUCUUUAUGACCUGUAUUUAAAACAUGUGUUUGUGUAUAUUAAAGUAAUCCUUUGGAUAUUUACACAUGAAAAUGUAUUACUGAUGAAUAUUUACUGUAACAUUUAUAGCACAGAACAAUAUUGACGAACUGGCAUUCUAAAUCUUGGUUUUAUAGAUACAAGAGGUGUUAUUGAAUAUUUCAUGUUAUUAUGCAUGAACAUUUUGGAUAAAUCCGCACAGUGUUUAACAAUAUAUAAUUUAUUUACAUCCAUUUCAGUUUACUAUAUUACUAUACAUCCCUUUCAGAAAUUGAAUAAAUAUAUACAUAAGGCCAAGUAAAUACUUGAAUGCACUUAGAAACGAAUUUUCAAAAUUCUACCCACAAAUCCAUAGUACUGUCCAAAAAGUACAGAAAAACUCCUUUGCAGGAAAUUUUCAACUUUCACAAAACUUUUGACAACAUGUAAUUUACACUGACAGAAGAAAAAAAAUCUGAACAGUAUAAUUGCAUAAGCGCUGUGGCAUUUCAUAAAUACAGCAUUGCUGAAUCACAUGAAGGCAAGAGAAAAACAUUAGAAAUGACAUUCACAAAUACCAGAAUUAUUUCUUCAUUUCUUUAAAAAAAGAAAAAAAAGUAGAAUACUACUAAAACACGAUGAAGCUUUUUCACACUCGGUACACUGAGCAGACGAGAGGGUUUGAGAAUAAAGUCACUGAUAUAACUGAAAAGCUCUUCCUAAUAGAAGAUCGAUGAUGUUUUUUAUUCUGUAUAUUCUUAGUUUUGCUCGCCUGUCUCCACACAGCAUGGCAGAUCAAAACAAUGACAGACAGGGCUGGAUUCUAAAGCAAGUGCAAAGUCUUCCAUUUUAGUCAUUGAGCUGCUUCGAUCUGCAAACAAGAUGCUUGUAAUGAUUGUGAUUUUCACAUUUCAAACUCAGACCAGUUUACCGCAACGCAAGGUUGGGUAGAAGCCCCCCAAAAUAGCUUCAAAUGACAUUAUUAUUUUUCAUUGUUUUUAGCUACAUUUGCACAAUCAAUCUGAAUGGGUCUUAUUGCAACGAUUGUGUGUGUGUGUGUGUAUAUAUAUAUAGAGAUAGACAUAUUUUACAUACAGUAGGCUAGAUUAGCUAAAAUGUCUUUAUAGGAGUAAUCGAGCAAAUAUCUCAUUUGAAUACAAUUAACUGGUCAUUUUUAAGUAAAAUAUAGUAAAUUGAUCUAUAAUCUCUAUUAUUAUUAUUUUAUUAUUAUCAUUAUGAUGAUGCUGCUGCUGCUGCUGUAUUUUUUGAGAUGUUUGGGAAACUGAUCCUGGAGGUAGCAGCCAGUAAUGAUGAUAAUUCUAUUAGAAUAGUCUCUGAUAUUGGUUACAUGGCCUGGACAGAACAUGGAACAUGUUCAUUGUGUAAAUACACAGCUGUGCGUUGGAGAGUGCAGGCACUUACUAAUAUAUGCUGGUCUAGCAACAGAAACGGAAGAGCAACCCCUGUACAGCUGAAAGCACCACAACAUCAUAAAACAAAACUAAACUAAAAAACCAUCAACUAACAUCUGCAAUAAGAAUCACACAGAAUGACUGCAACUAUAAUAAAAACAAUAAAUAUGUAAGAUUGCAUUUGAAGCUACUUUCUUUGCAAGCACCAAUCCAGACUGAAGAA